CACAAAGUGCAGCGAAUGUCACUUGGUGAAUCGAUACUGAGUCACUUUCUAGUUUAGCCGUUAAACAUUUGGUGUUUUUAGUUUGUGGUAUUAUUAACUUCCCCAUGUGCACGAAUAUGAGAGCCCUGGACUUCACCAAAGACCGGAGGGAGCUGAAAACCGAAGGUUUUACGGUGAAGUCUACGAUGAAGAACUCCGUGGUGGUGGGACCUCCAGCGGCGGGGGCCUUCCGGGAGAGGCCAGCGAAGCCUACCGCAUUCCGCAAGUUCUACGAGAGAGGAGACUUCCCCAUUGCUCUGGAGCACGACACCAAGGGCAACCGUAUUGCAUGGAAGGUGGAAAUUGAGAAGAUGAACUACCACUACUACCUGCCGCUGUUCUUUGAUGGACUGUGUGAGACGGUGCAUCCCUACGAGUUCUUCGCCCGUCAGGGUGUCCACGACAUGCUGGAGCAUGGAAACGCCAAGAUCCUGCCCAUCGUACCCCAGCUCAUUAUUCCCAUCAAGAAUGCUCUGAACACCCGGAGCCGACAGGUGAUCUGCACCACCCUGAAGGUGAUACAACACCUGGUGGUAUCUGGAGACAUGGUGGGAGAGGCCCUGGUUCCCUACUACAGACAGAUCCUGCCCAUCCUCAACAUCUUCAAGAACAUGAACAUCAACUCGGGUGACGGCAUCGACUACAGCCAGCAGAAGAGGGAGAACAUCGGAGACCUGAUCCAGGAGACACUGGAGGUCUUUGAGCGCUACGGUGGCGAGAACGCCUUCAUCAACAUUAAAUACAUGGUGCCCACCUACGAGUCCUGCAUGCUCAACUGACCGAAACCUGACACUAGUGACUAACCCGUCCCUCGACUCCCAACCUCAACCAACCCCCUCUCUAAACUACCUCUGUGAACCAUUAAAUUCCACACCAAGUCACUAGUGUUGUUUUUUAACUGCGGUUUAUUUCUAAAACUGUCACAUUCUUCUCUGUCUCUUUUCUUGUACAAGAGGAAAAGAGAACUCCCUCAUUAAAUGCGAUGUUGUCA